AUGGGACGUCGGUGGCUUAACACACUUCUUUUACUAUAUUUGUUCCACAAAGUAACUCAGGGGUUUAAUUAUAAAUGUGAAAUUCUUGAAGAACAGACAUGCUUGGGUACCAAGUUGAUGUACAACUUCACAACGUUAGAGUUGGUCACUGAUUCUCCAACACAACAGGCCGCUAAGGAGAAACUUGGAGAAUGGAAAGGCCUAAAGUUUUUAUCAAAAUGUUGGGCAGUUCUACAGCCGUUAUUAUGCCAGGUUUAUAAACCGAGAUGUCAAAACGGCAGUGUUAGAUUGCCUUGUAGAGAGCAAUGCCAUGCUACUAGAAAACCUUGCGAGGUAGUUGAACGCUACCAUAAAAAAUGGCCGGACUUUUUACAGUGUGAUCGAUUUCCACCGGGAAAUUGUGAUGGUGGAUCGGUAAGUAAAAAUCUUAAGUGUAACAUAUUUAAACCUCUAAAAUCCUAGGGGUAAGCGAGAUACCCUAAAGAUCAAUGAAGAAGAAAUGAAAGCGUUUCGGACAAGGGUAACCUUAAACUUACUUUCGAGUCAAAAGAUGAACAGUUUCCCUAUGUAGCAGAAAAAAACUUUGCAGACUCUGCCUUAAGGGAAAUUAUGACCUAAUUCACGCUAAACUGUCCUCGAUAACUUUGCAAAUUCAAGAUUUGUCAUAUUAAUUUCCAAUGCAAUUGAAAGCGACAGGGUUGUGUACAUAACAUUUCAAUGCAAUUGAAAGCGAAAGGAUCAUGUACAUAACAUGUCAAAAGUAUAAAGAACGUAAAACAGCUGCUUUCACCGUUUUUCCGUCGCAGAUACAAGUACAGGCGAUACGUAAUGUACAUUUUGGAGCCACUCCACUUCAGAAUGUAAAUUAAAUUUUAUUUCCAGAUAAGCUAUACAGAACACUACUAAGAAAUUUUCAAGCUGAUAAUUUUAUAGUCAAAACAUAAACAAUAACGUCGCAACUUGAAGAAGAUCAGUGUAUGUAGUUGGCCAACUAUGAUGUUUUGACAUUCUUUAGAAGUCCUCUGGCACGUUAGGCCAUCUUUUUCAAGUUUUAUUGACAUGCCUGCAAAAAAUCACCAAGAAAUUAUUAAUGAUGAAACUUCUUUCACAACUCUACAUGAGCAUUUUGGGCAGGGAAAAAGGCACUUAGCUAUGACUUUAGCAUAGAAUUACCUUAACAGAAUUAAUUUGUAAGCAUAUAAACUAAAGAAUAUAACCUCACUAAAAUAUCUAUUGUUUUGUUUUUCUCAAUGUUGUUGUUGUUAUAUUUCUUCAUGGUAAAGACCAAAGGAACCCAGUGGUACUAUCCUCUAAACAUGUGAAAAGUGGACAAUUCCCAUUUUUGCCAAUCUCCCUGCCAUCAAUCCCAUUCCAACCUACCAACCUUGUUCCCAGGGUUCUCUCGUACCUGUCCCUACAGAGCAACAGAGGUUAGGAGAGAGAACCUGGGAACCAGGUUGCCCAACUUACCUAAUAAAGUUCAUCAAACAUAGUUAAUGUGCACUCCAAUUAAAAACACAUAUGUCUAAAUGGCAAAGAAGGACAGUUUAUGACAGAUGUUAUUCAUCUAACAGUUAUCCACAAAAGUGUGAAAUUUACUUUCAGGUAAAAAAAUUGGAGCUCAAUGAGUCUGCAUGUAAGCGACCCCUGGUAGAGACAGAGCAUAAUUCAAGCUGGUAUGAGGGGAUAGAGGGCUGUGGAAUACAGUGUGAGAAUCCCAUAUUUACCACUGUGGAACACACUAGAAUUCAUAGAUUUGUGGGAGCAUUUGGAAGCCUGUCAUUUAUAUGCAGCCUUUUUACCAUGGUAUGUCAUCAGCCCUCUCUUAUAACGGUCCCUUCUACUCGUGGAGUUGGUACCUGCCUUUCUUUUAAGUUGACUUUCUAUGAUUUGAAUCAAAUUGUAAAUAUUUUCAUUAUGAACUUAAGAAUAAAAAUUAGCAAAAAGAGUUAAACACAAUGUCUUGAUGUUGAGUCUGAUUUUAUAUAUAUUUUUUAUCUUGUCACUUGAUAAUGAUAUCAUGGUGACAUUGAUUUCUUUUAUUUUUUUCUAGAUCACAUUCCUAAUUGGAUGGAAGUCACAGAAUCGCUAUCCAUCAGUAAUUCUGUUUUACAUGAACGCUUGUUUCUGUGCUGCUUCAAUGGGUUUUCUUAUCCAGUUCACUGAUGGAGCUAGAAAUCGUACAGUUUGUCGCAAGGAUGAUACAAUGAGACUUCAGGAACCGAGGUUAAUUUUUAAUAAAAAUCAUGUGUACUCUGUACCUUAAUAAAUUACCCUAAAACAUGCUAAGCACUGAGUCUACACUAACUGAAACCUGAUUGAGAUACUCUUAGGGGAAGGUGCUUUUUUGGAAGUAGCAGAAACAAAAUCACGAAUCACUGUUCGACAAUUUUUUGCUUAAUUUUGGUUCUUUUAGGCCAGAUGGUGACCAGAAAACAGCUGCACAGAGAAGCCAACUGCUAGUUAGUCUCAAACACUGGCAUUUUUAGGGGAGUUGUAUUUCCGGAUCAUUUGAGGUUUUGACCUGCUGCUCCCCUAAGUGAACAUUAGCACUUACUUCUUACGUAGGGCAAAAUUGUGACUUUAGGGGAGGAGUAGGUGGUCAGUUACCCAGAAACCUCAAAUGAUCCUUGUUUCCUUCCUCCUGUGGUGGGGAGUGGGGAUGGGUGGGUGGGGAAUACUACUUCCCUAAAAAUGCCUAGUGGGAGGGUAGGUAACUGCAAGCUGCUGCACCAGCCAAAUAACUCUUCCUAACUGUUGAUUACCUUUUUCUUCCAUGCAGUGAGGAUGACUGUUUCCUGUGUAUAUUUACAUUUGUCUUGGUUUACUAUUUCUCUAUGGUGGGUGCUGUGUGGUUUGUUAUCCUUUCUUAUUCCUGGUCGAUCUGCUUCAAAUCCCUGGGUAGCACAAGAGACAAUUUUGCUGGUAAAGUGGUUUAUUUUCAUGCAGUAGCCUGGAUUCUUCCUCUGACCUGGACAGUUAGCAUUCUUGCACUAAAACAGGUACAGUCAAACAUGUGAAAGGGAGGUGCCUGAAUUGAAGCUUCAAGUGACUUCUGAUUACAGCUAGACUCUCCUUCAAAUGUAACUCAAAGGGAGAAUUUGAGACAUAUAUUAGUCAAAAGUCACUUAAAGCCUAAUUAAAUGCACUCCUUUGUUAUUACAAUUUUCUUAAAGGCCAAUUUAUUUUACAACUUUUGUCACAUGCAUCUGUGCUUAUGAUAAGCUAACAACAUGAGUUGUGCCAUGUCAGUCAAACCUAUGACAACUGCAAUUUUUUUAUAUCCAGUAGGUUUGAUUUACACAACUCAGGUCACAGGCUUCGACAAUGCAUGUCAGAUGCAACAAUGUUGCAUUUAAAUCAGUCUUACAAGUAACUUUAACGGUAAUCACAUACUCAGUGGUUACUGUUAAACCCAGCGUCAAUAAUAAAGUGCUAACCGAUUUUGAAUUGCCACUUUAAAAAACAAUAAUAUUGGUGAUUGUGGGAGUAGGUGUGGGGUGGAGUAAGGGGGAGGUGGAGAGGUGGGAAGGGGUAUUAAUGUAGUUGUGACAGUUUGUUAAUAUUACCAUUAAACUUAAUAUUUUAUUUUCAGGUUGAUGCAAAUUCACUAAGUGGAAUCUGCUUUGUUGGCUACAAGAAUUCCAGAAUGAGAGUGGGUUUUUUGUUGGUACCCUUGGGUGUUGAUUUACUAAUUGGAGGACUCUUUUUGAUAAAAGGUACAAUGUUGUAGUUUUUAAGCUGUGUCAGAAUUUAUUAAAUAUGGCUUUGAAACCAUAAUAACAUUGAAAUCAGAUAAAACCUAGCCUCCUUCGUGGGCAACUCCUUUUGCAGUGGUUACACUGACCAUGAAGAAUCUGAGGAUGAGAAAAGGAGAAAAGAAUUGUUCUCUAAAAGAGGACAGUGAUGCCUGCGGAGGAGGCUAAAUAAAACCCAAAAAAAUUAAUAAUGGGUCAAUUUUAUUUAAAAUCAACCAAUUUUCUACCUACACUAUGAAUGCAUGCCCUUUGCUUUGGAAAAUCAGGAAGGAAAUGGAUUUGCAACGUGAAAAAGUUGGAACCACUUUUCUGAGUUCAACCCUUGUAUUGUGAAAAAACAAACAAAAACUGACGACUUACUACAAAGACUUCAAACAACAAAACUAUCAGUCCUACCAAGGUUUUUACUUUAAUGAUGCAUUAGAGCAGCUGAAAACUAAUUUUCAUACAAAUUCAAAAAGGUUCUUCGUUUUGUGAUUGAGUAUGCUUGAAUUUCUUAACUUUUGCAUGACAGCCAAGAGAGGUUAAAAAAGUUUAAAAGGUUAAAAAACUGAUUUAUUUCAGAGAAUUUUGUUAUCUGAACAGUUUAUGCAUAAGUAUUACUUUAAUGUUUCCGAGUUCCUUGAGGAAUAAAUUCACGCUUUUGUAGCAAAACUCAGUAACAGAAGUUUCUGUUGGUUUCCAUCCACCAUGUUGGUGCCCACCUGGAUGGGCACCAGCAUGGCAUCUCCAUACAAAUCUGUAUAAAUAUGGGUAAAACAUUUCUCAGGAUAUCGUGUAUACAAAAUAUUCCUCUGACCUGAAUCUUGUCAAGGGUCUUUGCAUACUUACAUGUACCUGCUUUUCCUGUACCUCCAUUUCCCAGAUUCUGGACUUAAUCUACUGAAAUUUUGAUCUAUUUUGAAUGGCGUGAAACUGAACUCAGAAGACCAGCAAUAAAAAAAGAUGACCAAGGUUUCAGCCCAGCUUUGGCUCAAAAAAGUGCAUGACCAUGACAUACAUUGUAGCUCUUUUGAAGUCUAAUUAAGAAACAAAGAGAUCUCUUAAAGAUGGACUCGAAUAUCAUUUUUUUAAAUUCAUUAAGUCUAUGUAUGGUAUGUUCUGAUGGGAAUAGACCUUUGUCACGCGGCAGCCAUUUUGUCUCAGGAGAUUUAAAAAGCUUUGUUUAUGCACGUCUAGCCUUGAGAGAGAACGAGGCUAGCCAUACAUAGACAAAGCUUAUAUUUCCUGAGACAAAAUGGACACCAAGUGACAAAGGUCUAAAACUACUUACCGUACAUUUCAUCAUCAUCAUCAUCAUCAUCUUUAUUUCAAGUCUUCUCAGGCUACAACAUUGCACCAUAUGCCACUAUCUAUCAAAUAUUGCCCUCAACACUGCAGCAAAGAUAAGACAUACAGUGUGUAUGUCCCGUUUGAGAGCAUUGGUGUAUGUUUUUGUUUGUCUCCCUUGCAAAGCCUGACCAUGUUCAGAACUUCGUGUUUCACCUAUUGUUACUCUAAUUUCCUUCUUUUGGUAGGAGUUGCAACUCUCUUUAAGUUACGAAGAUCAAAUCCCACUCUUUUAAGCAGCAGAGCAUCUUACAAAAUAAAGGAAACUAUAAUAAGAGUAGGUAAGAAGAAAAGCUGGGAUUUAAACUGUUUGUUGUCAACUAUCAAAAAUCCUAUAGCUCAAGGCAUAUAUUUUGUCAGCAUUCUAUUACAUGUAUAAGUGAUCUGAUAUGUCAAACCCUUUCUUUUCAACCAUGGUUAAGUUUGUCUUUUUCCUUCAGCAGGUAAACUGUUAUCAUCUUAAUUCUGCAUUUUCUACUAUCAUGCAAACUGCUUGUUGCUCUUACUACAUUAUCCAACCAUUCACUUCCUUAUGAUUGGAUGUACCUUCUCUCUCUCUCUGUUUUUCUUUCCCUUUUUCUUUUUUUCAAAAAAGUUGUUUGAAAACAGUCUGUGCAAAUAAUGAUUUUUUUUUAUGCUUGUUAGGUAUCUUUUCCUUCAUCUCAUUUUUGACAGUCUUCACAACUUUUGCAUGCCAUGUUUAUGAAUAUCACAACCAGGAAACUUGGGAAAAAAGCUACUUUAACUUCAUCAAGUAAGUGCAGGAAUUGUGCUGUAAGUCAAUAAUAUUGCCAACACAGGAUUUGUCUAAGAUAAUUACAAUCUCGUUAAAUUGAAUGAGUUUUGGCAAAAAAAGGUCCUUUAGUGACUAGUUUUUCCUCCAAAACUCUUUUAGACUGUUCACAGUCCUCUAAUUUUCCGUAACAUCAUCGAGAUCGAGCGCUUUGCGUUACGGGCUACCAUUUUGCAUGAGUGUCAAAACUACUUAGGGGGGGGGGGUAGUUUGGGAGGAAGCGAGAAAAAUAGAGGGACUGUAAUAACAUCACUGCAGCUCGCAUUCAGGAGGCGUGACAGGAGUUUCAAGCCUUUUACCAUUCAUUAAUUAGGAAACUCCGCUGGUGAUGAAAAACAUGCCAGACACAUAUAGCAUUAAUUACGCAUGUUUACAAAUAUCUCCUUUCGAAACAGUGAUUUUAUAAUGUUUCUAGGCCAUUCCUCGAAAUAAAAUCAGCAAACAUACACAAGAAAGCAUUUUUCUAAUCAAAAUACCAAAAAUCCUUCGUGUGUUGGUGCAGGAUGUGCCUUAUGCUAUGAAAGCGUACGUUUUAUGGAAACGUCGACUUGUCAAUGACUUGUCAGUGUCGGCAACUUAAACUAAACCCGUUGUCAACACAAAUUAACAUCUAUUGUCUAACGACCAAUCAAACGCCUGCGUUGCUGGUACAAUGCGCUCCGUGAAGGCGAGCUGCAGUGAUGUUAUUACCGUCCCUCUAUUUUUCUCGCCCCCCCCCCCCCCCCCCGAGCUAUAGUCCCCGAUGCCCGCCCCCUCGGUACAUGUGAAAAUCAAGAUAGCCGUGACGGUAAGACGCGGUAUAUCUGAACGAUCUCACUAAAAAAUAGGGGACUGUGAACAGUCUACUUUUGAAUGUGCUUCUAAAAUAAAAUGACAGGGAGUUUUUGGUGUCAGAUCAGAGUCCAGCAUAGCCUAUUUUCCAUGCACCAAUUCAAUAAAUCACAAAUUAAUCUUAACCUUUGGUAAGAUUUAAUAACAUAUUACCAGGGUUGUCAGAAAGUUUUGAAGAAGAUGGCUGAGCUGUCAAAGUAAGCAGCCAGUCUAGGGAUAAUUAGUAUUUUAAAACACCAUCCGUAAAGAAAUGCCACGCAGAGUAGCUGGCCAAUACUAACCAAGUAGGCAGCUAUUUUCACAGGCCGCCCACUACCUUUGACAACCCUGUAUUACUAUUUUAGUAAUGUUACGUUACUCUUACCUGCUGUACGCUUUCCUUUCAAAGGUGUAUUGCAGAGAAAGCCGUUGAAGGACUAACAUGGAAGUCACACUGUUCAGUUAGCGACCGUCCUAAUCUAGGAAUUAUUGAGCUGGAACUGGCUUCAUUAUUUGGCACUGGAAUUGCUAUGAGCAGCUGGACUUGGACAUCAAAUACAUUGCAGACCUGGCAAAAGUUAUGGCGCAGGUCAUUAUUAAUAGUAACAUACUGUGCUGGGUUUAAUUUGCAGGCCAGUGUAGAUGUGGCUGCUACUGAAGAUGUUAGGAUUAUGACCAGGGUCCAAGUUUUAAGACCUUUGUCACACCUACAAUAAAACCUAUUAAUAAAACCCUUUAGCUUGUGAAAACAGAUGUCUCUCCUCACCUCUAGAGAUAUCAAAGACGGAACAUCCGUAGCCACGAGGAGUGAGGGUGGAGGAGAGAGGGCUGUUUGCACAGGCUAAAAAUCCCUGGAUUUGGAGUAAUCCCAACACAUUGCCUUCUGAUGGCUUGUGAAACAUUAGGUAAAUUUGACUUUGCACCACAGGUCACUCAAGGCUUGCACCCACUCCAGCCUUAUUGUACAAGGCUCAAUCACUUCCAAUCUUAUUUCCUUGUCACUGUGAUUUUUCUCUAAGAAAGUACACUUGUGUAGCCAAGGUCCAAAAUUGAGGCUGCUUGUAAUAUUAGACCUCUCCACUUAAGUAUUGAGAAUUCAAAUAUAUCUUCGUGCAGAGAUAUUUUCAUCUUAAUCGAUAAUAAUGUGUUGACAGUAAUUUGGCCUCUGCAAUUCCUCUGUACUUCAAGUGUGCAAUGACUGAAUAAACUAUUAUGCAGUUAAUCGUCAAAACUCACAGUAAACUCUUAUUACUUGUGCAGGAUAACACGGAAACGCAGGCAUCCAGAACUUAGUCACUACAAAACUAUCAGGAGAAUGAAAAAUAGAAUAGCGUAAGUACAUUUAUUCUCCUGUUAACAAUUGCAGUGCAUUUAUGUAUGGAAAAUGGGUGCCUGGGAUGUCUGGGGGCCUCUGCUGUCACCGGCUUGUCCCUAGACAGAUACCCCCCCCCCCCCCCCCCCCCCCCCCCCCCCCAUCCGGGCACCCCCCCCCCUACCCCCCCCCCCACAAACACGGCCCGACCAAAACCAACCCAGGAUUUUAUGGGGAAAAAAAAAAAAAGGGAAAGGGGGGGAAAAAAAAAAAAAAAAAAAAACACCCCUAAAAAAAAAAAAAAAAAAAGAUUUGAGAUCAACCAAACAAAAACCUGAAAGAACAAGGACAUCCCCCCCCCCCCUGCACCCCUGGCUGCAAUGCUGGCAACCCAGCCAUGAGCCCCUCACCACACAGAGUCGUCCAGGCAAUAGUCACACUGAGUUUAUGGUGGAAAAUAAAGGAAUGGGAAAGGGCGCGAAAAAUGAAAAUAAACAAUGCACUCCUCAGAAAAAAACUGAAAAUGUGCUUUGGAGCUACGACCAAGAAAGCUUGGAGCAAGUGCUGAACUCUGCUGCCGCUGACUGCCAUCGGUUGCUCUUUGUUGUUAACUCAGUUAAAUUUCAUUUCACUGCAUCAGAGUCUUGGUUAACUUACUUUAUUAUACGGUUAGUUGAUACACAUCCUGUGCGACUGGUUAAUUUAUUAAAUCCUUCCUUUGUAAUAGCGGACAAAAGAAAACUUUGUAAAGGAACAAAAACCUUUCUUUGAGUAAAUCCUUUAGAAUAUAAGCUUUAAUAGUACCAUGCAAAUGUUCUAAUGAAGAAAUUCUGCAAUUUCUACUGUUGUUGUGAACUACUGACAGUAGGUAUUCUAAGCAAAAUAAUAGCCUGGGGAAAUAGCAUAAUUUGCUGCAUCAAAAUUGAAAAUUUUUUCACACCUUAUUACAAGGCCUGCAUUCUGUUGAGUGGUUACUGACAUGUAAAAUGGUUUCUGUUUAUAUUCCAGCCCUGCCAUUAUAUAUCCUGUCAUUCCCGACCCACAUAUACAACUAGAUGGAAUUAAAAAAGCAGGGGAAACCAUUCAAGCUUGUGGCUUAAAUAAGAAACAAAGUUACCAGCAUGAAGAAGAAGAUGAUGAUGAUGAAGAACCACUAAGACUUAAGAGUUUUUCAGAAUGGACACCUCAAGAAAACAAUAGUUAACAGAUUUAAUACGUUGUGAUUUCAAUGUGUCUUUGUAUUUUGUCUACAUUACAAUAGACCACCAUAACCUUCAGAGUAAAGACUAUAUUCAAAUCACAACAGGU